UUUGUAUCAGAUCGUAGAACAGCAUGGGUCGCUGUUGCUCCGUAGAAGAAUUGCUCGUCUGUUUCUGAAGUGUGAAAUACCGCGUUCUUCACCUUGGGAUGAUCCAGUGUCCUCUUUGGAAGUUUGUCAAUCAGUUCACCAGAGGGCUAUGCGUGCCCAAGACCUAGAAUUUGAAAAUAAAAGAUUGAAAGAGACACUUGACGAUUACUACCAAGAGCUGGAGGUUCUAAAGAAUCAAGGACUGACAAUCAAUCAACCCGGAGGACCAGUACCAGAAAGAAAGGACGCUGAUGUACAGACUCUUCAGACUCACGAGCUCCGAGUAGACGUAGAAAGAAGGUUUUUCGAAGUUCACGUAAACAUUACCAAAAAGCUGGACGAAGCCGAGCGGCAAGUUGGAGAACUACAAAGUGCCUUGGAAUUGAGCAAGUCCGAGUUUUUAAAUUUGAAGUCCAAGUACGAUGAGAAUUCUCAUGCCAAGUCGGACGAAAUGGAAGUUUUCUUGAAUGAUUUAGAACGAGCCAAUCAGAGAGCAGCACUAGCAGAAAGAGAGGCUACGACUCUUAAGAAACAGCUUGAGGCAGCCAAACAAUCAUUACACCAGGCUGAUACCAUAUGCAUGAGAACAGACAUGGAAAAGAAUGAUGAUGCCUUUUCUCAUUCGCCCCUAGAAAUUAAACUUGCAGCUAAAGACAAAGAGAUUUCGCAACUAGUAAAAGACGUUAAGAAGUUACAUUCAACCAUUAACAGGCUGAAAGAAACAAGUGCCUCUCAAAUUGCUCAACUGGAAGAACUGCUAGCUGACAAAAAUAAAACUAUCCACCUAUUGGAGAAGAAAUUAAGUAAACAACCAAACUAUGAAGAAAUGAAGAAAGAAUUAAAUGUAUUAAAGAAAAGUGAUCCUCACAACUACAGUAAUCCAGAAAGUGAUAGCAGUGCCAUGAAAGAAAAUAAGAUGGUCAAGCCAUUAGAUAACUUGCUUGUGGAGAAGGACAAGGCUUCAGAAUCAAAUGAUGCUACACAAAGUUUAACCCCGACUGAUUCAGCUGAUAACCUCCAAGAUCUGACAGAGAACACAUUACCUCCACCCUUACAAAAUGUUGAAGUAUUUACUUCACUACUUGGAGAAGAGAUCGUGUCAUCUUAUACAAAGAAAAUGAAAAAAGAAGAAUGUGAUUAUACUCAUAACACAGCCAAGUCAUUGGAGACUUCUACCUCCCCAACAGUUCCCAGUCCCCCUCAACCUUUAAACUGUUCCAAGCCUAAUUUUCGUAGAGAUUCAUCAAGACACAAAGUGUCCCAUUGUGAUACUACUAUACAAAAACUCCAAGAGUGCCUCCGCAAUUGUAUGAACAAAUAUGCAAAUGAAUCUUUAGAUACACUGAACAUUUCUCGUGGUGUUCGAGAGCUUCUGAGUGUCCAUAACAUUGGACAACGCUUGUUUGCCAAGUAUGUCCUUGGUUUAUCACAGGGAACAGUUAGUGAACUUCUCUCAAAACCCAAACCUUGGGAUAAACUAACAGAAAAAGGAAGAGACUCUUAUAGGAAAAUGCAUGCCUGGGCAACUGAUGAUAGCUGUAUUUAUAUGCUAAAGACACUAGUUCCAAGAAAAGGUAAAGAUUCUGAGCUUCCCAGCUGUAGACAGGAGGAUCCAGCUGCCAAAGAUCGCAUCACCCAGAUUUUAAAUGAAGCUCAUCAGGCCAUGAUAGUCCCCCCUAAAGACAGAAAGGAUACUCUGACUUACAAUGGAAACCUGAAACAUUCUCCCGAGUGGAAGACUCCAAAUGGAGUUUUUGAAAGGCAGGAGGAGGAUGGCCAAGAAGAGGGUGGUAGAGAUUUUGACAGAGAAGGAAGCAUACAAUGGCCCUUCAAAAAUAGCAUUUUGUACAAAGAUUACUCACCAAAUAAUAGCUCCAGGCAACUUCAAAGAAAAGACAAUGAUGAUAUUUCAAAGGAAAUGAUUACACGAAUUUACCAGGAAGAAUUGGCUAAGCUGAUGGGUCAAAGAUUAGAAGAGGGUUUCUGCAUUUCCAAAGACCAGUUUGAACAUACUCAUGAAGAAAUCCGUCAAACCCUGAGCAUUUACUAUCAGGAACUGUCUCGUCUGUCACAGUUGCUACCCCAGUCCAUGGCAGAACUUGCUCAUAUUGGUGUGUCAGCAAACUUAGUUAAUGGCUCAGUGCCAUGUUCCACAUUUCCAAGUUUUUUGCACCCUAUAAGUUUGGCCAAUUCUAGUUCCCAUUGUAAUGCAUCUGUUGAUACAACAGCUCAACCUCCAAAUUGGACAACCAAGAUAAAAAGUAGCUCAUCAGUAGAGUCAGAAGAAUCUCAUCAUCAUGGAAGUGCUUUUUCUCUUGUAAGACCCAAAACUGAACCUAGUAGUGGCACAUCCAAAAUACCCGUGUCUUAUCAUUCUGGAUCAAACUCUUCACCUACUCCUUGUGGCCCACUAGUAACCAUGGCUGAAGCUUCAGGUUCUGCAGAGGAUCCCAUUUCCUCUGCUUCUCCUCUCCAAAGAAUGCAGUCAAUUACAAACUCCCUUCUGACCCAGUCAACCCUUACACCUUCUAAUCAUUCACAGCGCCCAACCAAAGCCACAUUGUCACCCAUCACACAGCAGCAGUUUGAUCAAUACAAUAACCUCAAUACAGAAGACAUUGUCAAACAAGUGAAAGAACAACUCAGUCAAUUCUCUAUCAGCCAGCGCUUAUUUGGAGAGAGUGUGCUGGGGCUUUCCCAAGGUUCUGUUUCUGACUUACUAGCAAGACCCAAACCUUGGCACAUGCUUACCCAAAAGGGUAGAGAGCCUUUCAUCCGCAUGAAGAUAUUCUUAGACGACGAAAGUGCUGUCCACAAACUUGUUGCUUCCCAAUAUAAAAUCCCACCAGAGAAGCUAAUGCGUACAGGUGCUUACCUUGGAAGUAGGAAUGCUUCAGGGCCCAGUAAAAUAUCACCUCAACCUUCAGAUCCAAGUGUUUCUCAGCAUUUACCACAGCAACAAAACCACCUCCCAGUUCAUUCAAACUAUGUUUCUUCCAAACCUGUACAGCCAUGUAGAACUUCUCCAGAAAACUCUCACACCACUGUUAACACCAGCGUAACACAUUGUGCUACCACAACGCACAGCAUUAGCCCAAGAAAGCUAUCACACGUCUCCCGUCCCUUGCCUUUCAUGCAUCCCUCUGUGUAUGAAAUGGCAGCUCGGACGACAGAUCUCGAUACACAAUACAUAACGUCCAAAGUAAAGGAGACUCUUUUGGCUCACAACGUGGGCCAGAAGAUCUUUGGUGAAGCUGUGGUAGGCCUCUCUCAGGGCUCUGUCAGUGAGCUGUUGUCCAAGCCUAAGCCUUGGCACAUGCUCAGUAUUAAAGGUCGUGAACCUUUCAUCCGCAUGCAGUUAUGGCUGAAUGAUCCCCAUGGUGCUGAUAAACUUCAAGCUAUUAAGAAUGAUAGGAGAGAAGCCAACAAACGUAAAAGAAGCAAUAACGAUGCCCACGAAGUUAGCAGUUCGUAUAAAGAAAACCAAAUAUUCCACUACGAACUUCCCCCACCCUCUCCUUAUUCAACGACAAAGAAGCCACGGAUUCUCUUCUCCGAUGAACAAAAAGAAGCACUUCGUUUGGCCUAUUCCAUGGAUCCGUACCCAAGUACCGCCACCAUAGAGUUCCUGGCAAGUGAGCUAAAUUUGUCAGUUCGUACAAUUACAAACUGGUUCCACAAUUACCGCAUGCGUCUAAAGCAACAAAGUUCUCCAGUUGGCCAGCAGAGUGAACACAAACCAAACGACAACAGCAUUAUCAUGCAUCCACUGAGAGAAACAAGCACCGUCUUUGAUCCUAUCCAGUUUCGUUUUCUUCUUAAUGGACGACUAGCCGAGAUAGGCAAAGAAAGGAACAAAGUUCCAAAAAUGUAUAGUACGUACAGGAGCAAUUCUCCCCUUAAUACCCAGAACGAUAACUGUGGGACUUUAGAUCUGAGCAUGUCUAGUCAGCACUUUCCACGAGGUGGCAGUAGUAGCUGUAGUAGUUUUCAGUCUGGUCCUUUUGAAACUGUAUGUAGAAGCCCCGGUGUUCAUUCAACCAGUGAUAUGAAUGAGGAUUCCAAUUUCUCUCAUGACCAGGUUGUUUCUGAAAACAGUGACAAAGAAUCAGGGGAAGAGAAACAGUCAUCAUAUUCCUAUGGUCAACAAAAUGGUGUAAGACAAAAACUGGGAACUAGCAGCAGUAAUAGGAGGAAACCUGCCAUGCCCCAGUGGGUUGAUCCAGAAUUGGAAUACUCUGCUGAGAGUGAUGUCAAAAGCGAUGAUGAAGAGGACACUCAGCAAAGUAACGAUAACACAAAUAAAGGGGAAAUCAUCAAUGGUGUGUGCGUUCGACAAGCAGGAGACUUCAACCUUCACUUACAGAAACCGGAAGAAAUGACAGAGGAAAUGGAACCUGUUAUGGCUGCAUAUGGCAGCAGUCGUGUAGCCCAGAACCAUGUUGUGGAAGAAACUCAUUCCCAAUUGUGUUCCCAAGUGGAAGAAGAAGAUGGAUAUAAUCUGAAAGAAAACAAUAUUGUAGAUCAAGAAAUCAACUGUGAUAGCCAAGAAAGCAUCAAUAGCCCGGAUCAAGGAGACUGGGAUGAAGAAAAAGAAGAUAGAGAUUAGAAGAGUUUGAUAAAGUUUAAAAUAUUAGGAAAUAAGAAUGAGAAAAACUAUGAGUUGCCGAUUGGAUGAAAGUUUGAUGUCAAAUAAUAUUCUACUAUAAGUGGAAUCCUGGAUUUAUAUCCCCCUGAUAAACAUAAAGGUGUCUGUUUCAGUGUGGUAUUUGCAUGCAUGUGUUCAACACAAGCCACAAAUGUAUUUCAGUCUUUGUGUGUAUUUUGUACCUUAUCAGAAAAUUCCUGAAAUUAUGGUAUAAUUCUACGAUAUUCUAUGAUAUUAGAAAACCAGAUGUCACUGCUGGAUACUCAGCGGUCUUAACGGCUGUUUUUCAAGUGAAACUUCAUUGUGAUAUCGUCCUCUCCAGCCUUUAGUCUAGACACUUGAUUCCAAUGCCAAAAUACAAGGGGGUUAAAAUAUGAAAGCUGUACUCCCUCUAGAAAGUUGUCAACUUUCAAACACAGCCACCAAGUGGGAACCCACAUUUGUACAAGUUACUGUUUUCUUGGUUGUUUGGCAAGAAGAGUUGUUGACGUCUUUAUGUGUUCUCUUAAGUAAUAACUUGUACAUUAUAUCUCAAUCUUACAUUAAAACCACGUGUAAAUAGCUUAAGAUUGUGGUUUCAACUAGAUUAGCACGAGCUUGUGUCCGAUUGUUUUGUUUUUUAUUGGUCUUCAGUUCUUUGAGAGAAUGACCAUUUUAGUAUUUUAAAAUAUAUCCUUUGUGUCUUUGUGUGUGUUGAGUUUAUCUUAUUAGAGUUUGUAGAAUUUUUCUUAUUAUGAACUUGGUGGUUUUGAAGCUAAUAUGCGUGUUAUUUAAAAUGUUAUAUGCAUACACUUAUAAUACAAAUUUUACAAUAAGAGGCAUAAUGCAUGUAAGCUGUACAGUUCCACUCCAGUCGCCGUAUCAAGGCGUUUGUGGGUAAUCAGUGAAAUCACACAGAUCCUAGGCAUAAAGUCAAGUGUUUUGGUUUGAGGUUUUUGGAACACAGCUUAACAUUGGCUCGCAUGGAAUGAUGGGAACUUGGAGUUUAAUUUAACAAUUUCCAUUCUAGUUGUUAACUCUAUAGGAUGGCAUUAACGUUUUUAAAUCAGCUUAGCGUUCUAUUAUGUAAACACCGGUGUUGUACACAAUAUUUCCAAACUGACUUUUCACUGAUCUUUCGAUAGGGUUAGCUAAUGUAACUCCGACACGACUUAGCUUUCCAAAGUUACUUGUAUUGAUACGAAAUUCUAGUCUACUGAUAUGUUCUACAGAUGCAGUUUUAGCCACGGAACAGGCCAUUACGGUCGAUAUAUAACUGUUAAUUUGUUUACCUCUAUAGUUACUCUGAGUGUAAACUAUAUAUUAGUGUUUGUUUCUGUUCAAUACUGCUUUACAUUCUGACUAACUUAUGCUGAAUCGUGGAUUCACUUAUUCUGCAUUUUGCAUAUAUCAUAAAGACUGCCUUUGAAGAUGGUAAGUUUUCAGUGUACGUUAUUCCAAAGUUCUCCUCCUGUAUCACCCUGUUUCGUCUAAAUAAGCGUUUAAUCAGUCUGAAAUAAUGUUCAUAAGUUAUCCAAUAACAGAUCUAAAACUAAUAUUUUAACAUUUUUUAAUACAUUUAGACUUUUGGACAGAUGUUGGCCAAAAAAUAGUUUUAGUUGCUCUAAGUAGGACGAAAGGAAAAUAGAAAUCGUUUGACUUUUAUUAAAGUUAUUAAGCGUGAACUAUGUUUUAGAUUUCAGAUAGACGAUUAGAAUGAAAAGAAAAGUUGUGAUAAAAAUAAUAAUGGGGCAUUUGUUACACUCUUCAAGUUAUCAUAUUUACAUAUAUUUAGUUAUUCUUUUUCGGCAACAUGUUCUGUAAGCCUUAUUUAACAUGUGUAACUUCCUAUUGCCAAUAUAUAUCAAACAGACAAAAAUGGUAAACAUGAUUUAUAUAUAUGUAUCCUUUCUUGAUUGUUUAAGUGACAUAUAUGUGACUUGUGGUAAAAGAACCAACUGAAUAAUUUUUAUCGCACACUGGACUAAAAUGUGACCUGGUGCAAAAGCUGUGAGUAUUAAAUGUAACCAUGUUGGUCAUCAAAGGACUAAACUUUACGUAUAAAUACUUUUAAAAAGCGAUCAUUCAGUUAUUGUUUUUUGAACUUCAUCAUGUUUAUGCCCGACAAUGUACGUAUUCCACUUGCAUUCACCUAUAUUGGAAUUGGAUUGAAAGUGAGGUGGGUGUAGCAUUACAUUUGAAGUUAACUUGCACUUUGGCAUUUAGUAACAACAAAUAUGUAGCAUCCAUGUCAGGUGGUUAGACAGGCAAUAUCUUGAGAAAUAGACACUUCCUCUUCAGGACCACCAAGAGCUAAUAGAAGAUAAUACGGCUUUUAAUUAAAGUCUUCUGAAGUUAAAUCAAUAACUGGAGAUAUUAUGAGUGACAUGUACCAGUUUCCACAUUUUUAUUCCUAACAGUGGUUAGUUGAAAGGUUUCUGGUGUCUGCGGUACCAUUUUUAAAAGCCUGUUUUGUUUUCAUAUUAAACAAAAAUAAUAUGAACUGAAUAGAUGCAUAAGGUUAUUUUACUUAUUUUAGUGUGAUUUUUACAUGGACUUUGACUAUAUCCUUUAACUUAAUUUUUUAUACUGUGAUUAACCACCAGCAACAAUGAGUUCGUCUAUCACAUACGAGUGUUUGAGUCAUGUUAUUAGCAAGGAUAAAAGAGCAGAAAAUUACUUACUUUUGUACAAACAGUGUUAUAAUUUUGAAAUUACCUGAUCUUAAUUCGUAAGCUAUUGAAAUUAAUUUUCUUUUUCAAGUAUUCGACUUGAGCUUUUUAAAAAUCUCGUGAAAGUAUUACUACUGAUUCAAAAGCUAUCGUUUUUGAAAAUCGAGGUUUCGCUUUUUUAUAGUAAAACAAUUCAGAUCUAAGAUAUCAAUGCAUAAAACAUUUGUUUAAUCAACACAGUAGCGCUGAUAUUAGAAAUUAGACUCCCCCCCCCCCUCCGUGAUAGAACAUCUAAUUAUGAAACUGGAUAUAUAAUAAGCCUAUCUUGUUUACUAAUGAAUUGAUUAUAUUAGUCGCUAGCGGUAAGCCUUACUUUUUUCAGUUGCGCCAAAAUUAUCCCAAAGCUUUUAGGUAUUUAACUUAUUGUGGAAAUAAGCAGUAUUUUUCCUUUUAAACCCCCCCCCCCCCCCACUCCUCAUUGUAUGAUGUCCACCGACGUUUAUUCUUCGUUAAUUCAACUUUCAACCGGUUUAUUUAUUAUUAAGCCCAAAGUCAUACAAUGGGCUAUCUGUGUUCUGUUCACAGCGGGUAUCGAAACCCGAUUUUUAGCGUUAUAAACCCUCAGACUUGCCGCUGAGUCAUGGGGGGAGUCUUUCAAGGAGAAGGCCGUGGUCAACUAUAACACAAAUUUUUACAAUAUUUAUAGUUCAAAGUUACCUCGAAACAAGCUAUUUUGUAUUAGUCGAAACGAAGCUCGAAAUAAACAAAAAUCAUUUGAAUGUUUUCGUCUGAAAAGACACCUUAAAGAAAAACGGAAUCCUCAGCACCAGUUCAUCCAUAGGUUAUUAUUAGCACUGCUCUUGAUCACCAGACUCGCAUGAACAUACGCUUUGGAAUUUUUGGUCAUGCGCAAUAUGUAUUUGUAAUGCUUGAGUGUAACAUCAUUCCUUUGUUAGCAUGUGGCUUUGCUGUAAUGUUUUGGCUACGAAAGUUACGGGCGUGAAUAAGUUAUUCGAUUCAAAUCAUUUCGUGACUUUUACUUUUCGCCUCUGCUAAAAAAAGACACGUUAAGUCGAGCCCAAAAAUUAGCUACUCACUGGUAUUCAGCGAAACUGAAAACACGGCUUAUUAGUGACUGGACUAGGCCUUUUCCUUUGCAAUACAUAAACUUAUUUUGAAAUGGAAAACAUUUUGGUAUAGCAUAAACAAAUAUAUAUCGAUUCUUUCAAAAGCUUUUGUAAACGCAUACUUAUAAAUCUAUAAUUAUGCAAGGAAAUAAAAUCAAAUGACAAAGCAAUGCAGGGAAAAACUGUUAUAUUUUAAAAAUUGAACUGGGGAUAAACAUUUCCCUCUACUUUAUAUGUACGAGUGUAAAAAGCAGUUAAUACAAUCAAUACAAUAAUCGUUUUGUAGCUUAUCAAUACAGCGAAAUAAUAAGUAACGAGCAGAGAUUUAUCUGGAAUCUCAGAUCAGUUUUAAUUCAUGCCUGUAGAGGUAUAAAAACUAAGGAGGCUAUGUUUUAAGUUUAUACGUACUUGUCACCAUUAAAACAAAAGUUCAAUAUUGUCUUAAGAACUACAAAACAUUUUGGUUCAUGUUUUCACAAACAGAACGUCAGGUUUGUACUUGUAAAAAAUUUAGAAAAAUAAGGACUGUGAAAUUUGGUGAUUUGUUCACUGUCACAAGAAUGCCAGUAAUUGACUUUCGAACAACGCAUGAUUAUUCUUGUCGUAUUUUUGAAACAACAGGAAAUGACGUAGGAUAAUUAAAGAGAAUCGAUUGGUACAUUCCUUGCAGAGAAAUAGGAUUAUCUCACGAGCACAACUCCGAAUGGAGUCAUUACUCGUUAGUUUAGGUGUUAUUUACAAUAAGACUUGUCAUCAUUUUGUUGUUUAGCACGCGAAUGUUUUAUAUGAUGAUAACGGAAACUGAUGUGAAGCAGACUGUUUUUCGAACAAAAAUUUAUUUUUAAGUGUUUGUUGAACUGAAUAUUUCCCUUCAUAUUUGAUGUUGUAGUUGUUUAUGUAUCUUUCGUAACAUAGAAACAAACUGACUAUAUAAAUGUCUUUAUACUUUUAUGACCAUAUACCCUUCUUGCGUUCUAGAGUGAAAAGGCGUUUCCUAACAAACAGACAAUGUCAUUGCAACUUUUAUGUUUUCAAUAUUUAAAUUUAAAAAAACGUAAAAUGACGGAUGCAUUCUAUUUCUUGCAAAAGAGUUUAGCAUAAUAUCGAACAAUGAAGGGCAUUAGAAAUACAAAGAGUUCUAAUGCUUACAAAAUGCAAUUAGAAUUCAAAGUUCUUGAAACGAGGUAGUUUGAAACAAAUGUAAUUCAAAAAGUUUCGCAAAGUGCAAUAUCAAUAUGUAAGUUUUAUUUCUCUGUUGUUAGGCGCUACUGAUAUUUAUUUUGCUGUUCAUGGCUUUACUACGUUAUCUGUUAGCCUUCUUUAAGACAUAUUUUUGGAAAUAGAGGUAUAGAGAGGAUGAAAGAUAAGUCAAAAUGGGUGUGUUGCCUUUCUUAGAUAGUGAAUCUGUGGUUGUGCUUCUUUGAAACUAGCUAGACAAAUUGAAAGUUCAUUCUGCUAUACGAUUUAAACGGUACAACACAGUAAUGUAUUGUUUAAAAAACAGGUAUAUUCUAAUGUGUCAAAUGGACAGAAAUGAGACUGUUAAUUCCUUCAAACGGGUGUGUCAGAUAUGCUAUGAAAUUUACAUGUUAAGUCCUCAUCCUCCUUCUGGCCACUUGACAAUAUUGGCUUUCAAUCUAUUUGUAAAUUCUUGUUUUAUAUUGUAAUCUAUAUAAAGAUGUGAUACCUUCAAUACCAUUCAACAACCGCACGCGGUUUUUGAAAAUCGUUGCCUUUUCAUUAUUUGUUUCUGUUAAGUACAUUACGUAUUACUGUUCGUUCACACUUUUUUGACCUCUUUCUAAAAAUAUACUGCACUUAUCCUCUGUACAUGUGUAGACUUAAAAGGGUUAAUUGUAGGCUUAAAUCUCUUAAGAUAUCUAGGUAUUUAAAAUAGGCUGUGCAAUGAAUUUUAAAGCAAAAUUUUGCCUUUUAAGGGCUAUUUUUAUUCAUGUGUUUUCUUCAACUUGUCUCAAAGGCUUGCUUUGAAAAUGAAUGCUUGUAUGUUUGAUAUUCAAAUUCAUAUUGAUAUUUUUAUUCCACUUCACGACAAAUAAAAUUGGAUUUUCUUCUUCA